AUGGACCCCCGCCGGCGCGCCUGGGCGCUGCUGCUGCUGGGCCCGGUCCUGGCGCUCGCGCUGGGGGGCGCGCCCGCCCCGGAGGCGCCCGAGAAGCUGUGCGGCCACCACUUCGUGCGCGCGCUGGUGCGGGUGUGCGGGGGCCCGCGCUGGUCCCCCGGGGACGGGCGGCCCGUGGCUGGCGGCGACCGUGAGCUGCUGCAGUGGCUGGAGGGACGACAUCUGCUCCACGGGCUGCCGGCUGACGGGGACCCCUCGCUGGCACUCGCCCCACCGCCCCCAUCUCAGGCCUCUCGCCACCGCCACCACCGCCGGGCAGCUGCCACCAACCCUGCCCACCACUGCUGCCUCAGCGGCUGCACCCGGCAGGACCUGCUGACCCUCUGUCCCCACUGAGCCCUCCUGGGGCGUGGCCUCGGGGGAGCCCAGGGCCCAGAGGGGUCUAGUCUGGCGAGCUCCUGAAGCCACGC